CCGCCCAUCGCAGCACUGGCUCAGAUGACACCGAUGGAGACGCGCCCCCACCGCCGGGGAUUCCCUGCUGCUAUGUUCAUGCCGGAGCAGAGAAGAGGCGGGGUCCGGGGAGGAAUCGGUGGAAGGCGGAACGGUGGAGGAGGAGGGGACAGAUCGCCGAUUAAUCCGGUCAUCGUGCUCCGCGGCGGAGCGGACAGUGGGAGCCAGAGUGGGAAUAGCUUCACCAGUACCGGCAACGGUGGCGAGAGUGGAGGAGGCGGAGGCCGUGGAUUCGAGUUGUAUUACGACGACGGCGCCGGUUCUGGAUUGAGGCCGCUGCUGCCGAGCAUGUCGGAGUUUCCGCUCGGAUCUGGAUCGUGCUCCUCGAUGCCGCGUCCAAUACAAUCGUCACGUCGGGUCCGCUGUCUUCCAUCAAGAUUAAAAUCGUUGUCCUGGACGGCGAUUUCGGCUCUGUCGAAGAUUGGUGCGCGAAGGAUUUCAACGACAGUGUUAUCAGAGAACGGGAAGGGAGGAGGCCGAAGAUUGUACCAUAUCCCCAGGUAAAGGUUGGAGAAAUUACCCAACGGGCUAACAUAGUCGAACUGAAGCUUGAAUAUCCAAUUUUCUGACUAAAAUAGUUCUACUUGU